AUGGAACGGACGUUCAUAAUGGUCAAACCUGAUGGAGUCCAACGAGGUCUUGUUGGGGAGAUUAUACAACGAUUUGAAAGGCGAGGCUAUAAGCUUGUUGCAAUUAAGAUGAUGCAUGCCUCAGAACAGCUUCUUCAGAUUCACUACGAGGCACUCAAAUCUUUACCAUUCUUUCCAAAACUAGUUGCGUAUAUGUCAUCUGGACCUGUUGUACCAAUGGUAUUCGAAGGGCGUAAGGUUAUUGAGAACGGACGUACAAUGUUAGGUGCUACUAAACCUGAAGCAAGUUGUCCUGGAUCAAUAAGGGGAGACUACUGCCAAGAUGUAGGAAGAAAUGUUGUCCACGGAUCAGACUCAACUGAAAGUGCUAACAGGGAAAUCAACUUAUGGUUUACUCCACAAGAACUAUGUCAAUAUAAACAAGCCGUUGACCCUUGGAUCCAUGAAUAG